AUGAUUGAAAAUAAUGGUAUUAAUUAUCUAUUAUUAUUUAGUUUCAUCGAUUAUCACUAUUCUUCUAAUAUCGCAAUAGCUUAUAUUUUAAUCUUAAGGAGCUCUAAUUUUGAGAGGAGAAUUUAGUAAUCAAUCGAGCAUCAACUUGAGGACAUUCUUUCAAUAAAGAGGAAGUAUCAUUUUAGAGAAUGAAAUGGAAUUAUAAAAACGAUGA